CAUCCCCUCGUUCCUUUCCUUCAGCCUGCUUUACACAGCAAUGAUUGAUCUUUCUCAGUGGAGAGCUGCCAUUGGUCUGUGGCACUGUCGUUUAUCUAGCAGUCACCGACGCGGAGCAGAGUCACGGAAGUCACAACACAGCAAUAGCCAUCAGCCUGAGGUAACCGAUCCUCUAGACGGGAUGAAUAAUCAAACUACUGGUACUGCUGCUGGGCUGUGUGGUGUAAAAUUUUCGUGGCUUGUUGGAUGCUCUUGCUUUCUUCUUGUAUUUUUAUUAUUUCAGUUGAUCAUUCUCCUAUCAGGAGAUGUGGAACUGAAUCCUGGUCCUAUCACUAUUGAACAAGUUUGUAAGCUGAUUGAGGAGUCCCUUCGUAUGCAUUCUGAUGAAUUAGAGAAAGCAUCAAAUUACUACAUGAAAGAAGCAAUUGCUCAGAUCUUUGCCGUUAGCUUAAUAUCUCAAUCAAUUCCAUUAACAUACCCUGGAAUUAUUGAUGAGUUAAUGACUGACCUGUACUCAAUACAAGAUGUAUCACAGUUGAUGGACCGUUAUGAGCUAUUUCUUGGUUGUAUUUUAUCUCAAGGUGGAACCUGUGAAAAUGUCCAUAGUCAAUUAUCAGCAGAAUGGCUCAAUAUUGAACUUCAAUUAGAAGAAGUGUCUGUAGACUUUUCACGUGAAGUUGUUUCGUCUGAUGCCACAAAUAAAAUUCAAGAACAAAACAGAACAAUGCCAGAGCAACAUCCUUUGUCAAUUUCAUUGCAAGAAAAAAUUUCCCAGCCUGAGCCUAUGUCUCCUCAUAGCAAUGAAACUGGUUCAUCAACAGAAAGGGAGUAUGACACAUUAAAGAAGAAUUUAGCCAAUAUCUGUAUCACACUAGCUGGAAAUGUUGACGUAAUAUCUCAAUUAAAUGAUUCUCUUUUUUCACUCAAAUGUAUUCCUGAAGCAGUACAUAUUGCAGUUCAGAAUACUAGCAUUUCUCCUUAUGACAGAGCUAAUAAAUUAGUUUAUUCAUUAUUGUCAAUACUUAAGACCCAUUCUAAUCCUGGUGGUGUAUUCUUGUCUUUCAUUACUUCACUACAAAAAGUUGGGCUAACUGUAAUUUCUGAUAGACUAUCAAAUGACCACAAUGUUCCUCUACUAAUACAGUUACAUUCUGAUAUACAUGAAGUGACAGAUAAAGAAUCUAAAAAUUCAAUACAUGAAAGUCAAGUUAGCAUUAAAAGAGCUCAAAAUGAAGUAACUGUCAAAAUCAGUUCAGAAAGUGAAGUUUUACAAAAUAUUCAAAAUCUAAAAAGAGACUUUGCUUCUUUGGUAACACAAAUCAGAAUAGUUCUAGCUGAAUCCACCAGCACUAAAGAAAUAAAGAUUAUAUGCAUAUAUAUUGAGGAAUAUUUCAGUAUACCUGGUCUAUCCAAUAUAACAAGUGCCGAUCACCUUUUUAGCAAGAUUAAGCCGCAUUAUUCAUUUCUUAACUGUGACUUGAUUCAUGAAAUAGCUGGAGUUUUUUUGUCUGCAAAAUGUGAUGUACAAAGUAAACUAAGAAAUUACAUGAAAAAAUUAAACACAUUUGAAAAAUCAUCUUCUCUGCAGCAUAUAUUAAAUAUUAUAGAAGAAACAAUAAAUCCCACUCAUGACUCAACUGAUGCAGUUUGUGAAGUUGUCUUUAAACUUGACAGAAGGUGGGGAUCAGUAAUAUUAGCAAGCUUUAAGAAAGUCAUCCACUAUAUCUUCAGGGAUAAUAGUAGAGUGCUGAGUCACAUUCGCAUUGAGAAAGGAUCAAUAUGCAUCAAAUAUUUAGCUCCAAUUGUUCAAUCUGAAGUACUUAUUAAAAAGGCAUCAUCACAAAUUAAUUUCAUGCAGCAAAUUGGUAUAAUUGAAAUGAGUGUUAAUGAUCAUUUUAUUCUGAAAUCAUUUGAUGAAAUCAUUUUUGAAAAAUUUUUUCUUGAUGCUGCUGAAUCAGGUUUCCUAAUGCAAAUGGAGCUACUUUUACAAUUGCAAAUUGACAUUGAUUAUAGAAAUGAAACCGGAAUGACAGCUCUUAUGAUUGCCUGUGUCAAUAAUUAUCACCAGGUUGUGGAACUGUUACUUAAAGAAGGUGCUGAUGUUAACAUUCAAAACAAUAAUGGAGUGACUGCUCUAAUGGCUGCCAGUGUCAAUGGUCAUCACCAGGUUGUGGAACUGUUACUUAAAGAAGGUACUAAUGUUAACAUUCAAGACAAUAAUGGAUGGACUGCUCUAUUUACUGCCAGUAACAAUGGUCAUUACCAGGUUGUGGAAUUGUUACUUAAAGAAGGUGCUGAUGUUAACAUUCAAAACAGGAUUGGAGUAACUGCACUGAUGGCUUCUAGUGGAAAUGAUCACCAUCAGAUAGUGAAAAUGCUACUGGAGGAAGGCGCUUAUGCUAAUAUUCAAACACAAGAAGGAGCAACUGCACUAAUGUAUGCUAGUUUGAAAGGUCAUGACCAAGUUAUUAUAAUCCUACUACAACAUGAUGUUAUUGUUAAUAUGCAAGAUGCUAAAGGACGAACUGCUUUGUAUGUAGCUAGUAUGAAGGGUCAUCACCAGGUUGUGGAACUGUUACUUAAAGAAGGUGCUGAUGUUAACAUUCAAAGCAAUAAUGGAUGGACUGCUCUAAUGGCUGCCAGUGAUAAUGGUCAUCUCCAGGUUGUGGAACUGUUACUUAAAGAAGGUGCUAAUGUUAACAUUCAAGACAAUGAUCAAUGGACUGCUCUAAUGGCUGCCAGUGUCAAUGGUCAUCACCAGGUUGUGGAGCUGUUACUUAAAGAAGGUGCUGAUGUUAAAAUUCAAAGCAAUAAUGGAGUGACUUCUGUAAUGGCUGCCAGUGCAUAUGGUGAUUACCAGGUUGUGGAACUGUUACUUAAAGAAGGUGCUGAUGUUAACAUUCAAUACAUUGAUGGAUCGACUACUCUAAUGGUUGCCAGUAACAAUGGUCAUUACCAGGUUAUGGAACUGUUACUUAAAGAAGGUGCUGAUGUUAACAUUCAAAAUAAUAAUGGAUGGACUGCUCUAAUGGCUGCCAGUAACAAUGGUCAUCACCAGGUUGUGGAACUGUUACUUAAAGAAGGUGCUGAUGUUAACAUUCAAAACAAUGGUGAAUGGACUGCUCUAAUGGUUGCCAGUGCCAAUGGUCAUCACCAGGUUGUGGAACUGUUACUUAAAGAAGGUGCUGAUGUUAGCAUUCAAAACAAUAAUGGAUGGACUGCUCUAAUGGUUGCCAGUGCCAAUGGUCAUUAUCAGGUUGUAGAACUGUUACUUAAAGAAGGUGCUGAUGUUAACAUUCAAAACAAUAAUGGACGGACUGCUCUAAUGGCUGCUAGUGAAAAUGGCCACCAUCAGAUUGUGGAACUGUUACUUAAAGAAGGUGCUGAUGUUAACAUUCAAAACAAUAAUGGAUGGACUGCUCUAAUGGUUGCCAGUGACAAAGGUCAUCACCAGGUUGUGGAACUGUUACUUAAAGAAGGUGCUGAUGCUAACUUUCAAAGCAAUGAUGAUUCAACUGCUCUUUUGUUUGCUAGUGAUAAUGGUCAUCACCAGAUUGUGGAACUGUUACUUAAAGAAGGUGUUGAUAUUAACAUUCAAGACAAUAAUGGAUGGACUGCUCUAAUAGAUGCCAGUAGCAAUGGUCAUUUCCAGGUUGUGGAACUGUUACUUAAAGAAAGUGCUGAUGUUAACAUUCAAAGCAAUGAUGAAUGUACUGCCCUUUUGUUUGCCAGUGACAAUGGUCAUCACCAGGUUGUGGAAUUGUUACUUAAAGAAGGUGCUGAUGUUAAUAUUUCAAACAAGAUUGGAAUAACUGCACUAAUGGCUUCUAGUGGAAAUGGUUACCAUCAGAUAGUGAAAAUUCUACUGGAAGAAGGUGCUUAUGCUAAUAUUCAAACACAAGAAGGAGCAACUGCACUAAUGUAUGCUAGUGUGAAUGGUCAUGACCAAACUAUUAUGAUCCUACUACAACAUGAUGCCAGUGUUAAUAUGCAAGAUGCUAAAGGACGAACUGCUUUGUAUGUAGCUAGUAUGAAGGGUCAUCACCAGGUUGUGGAACUGUUACUUAAAGAAGGUGCUGAUGUUAACAUUCAAGACAAUAAUGGAUGGACUGCUCUAAUCACUGCCAGUAACAAUGGUCAUCUCCAGGUUGUGGAACUGUUACUUAAAAAAGGUGCUGAUGUUAACAUUCAAAACAAUGAUGGAUGGACUGCUCUAAUGGUUGCCAGUCAGAAUGGUCAUCUCCAUGAUGUAGAACUGUUACUUAAAGAAGGUGCUGAUGUUAACAUUCAAAACAAUGAUGGAUGGACUGCUCUAAUGAUUGCCAGUCAGAGGGGUCAUUGCCAGAUUGGGGAACUGUUACUUAAAGAAGGUCAUGCUGAUACUGAAUUUCAAACUCAUAAACACGGAGCAACUGCACUAAUGCUGGCCAGUGAAAGAGGUCAUACACAAGUUAUUGAAUUAUUACUGAAACAUAAUGCUGAUGCUAAUGUACAAGAUAAAAUAGGACGAACUGCUUUGUGUGUAGCUAAGAAGAAAAGCCAUCAAAAAAUUAUAUUAUUGCUAGAUCCAUUUACUAAACAGACUCAAGUAACAACACCUGACACACCUCUGACCACAAUUCCAGUAACUACUGCUAAUGAUACAGUCAAUACUGAGAUUUCCUUUCCUGCUUCACAUGACAUAGUAUCUUCAAGUACCCCAACCUUUACUACACUAUAUGAUACUACCACUGAUACUAGUUAUGAAACAAUUGGUCAUUAUAGUUUAUCUUCAGUAAAGGACCGUCUUGUGCAAGCUGUUAAACAUCCUUUUAGUUCCUUUCAUAGUAAAUCCAAAAAGAAUAUUAAUACUGAAAAUGAAGAAGAAACACAAUCCAUUUAUCAACAAUUGAGGGUCAAUAGUACAGGAUCCCAAAGACCAAGCAUUAUGAAGAGAUUGUUUAGAAGGCAACGUAAUAUAUCCCUCUACCAUGCAAAACCUAACAAGUAG